UGCAGAAUAAUCGCCAUUAACACUUGCGCUUGGAGCUUUCUCUUUGUACCAUUUUCCAGAUCUCCCAUACGUACUCUCUCUCACACGCGCGCUUUUCUCGAAGAUUCUAAACCAAAUCUCGAAGUAAUUUUGGUUUUUUCUCGAAAAAAUCCACACAUCUACUGGUCACCCUUGAAAAGAGUUGAAAAUUACGAAAAUGCUUCUGUUCGUGGUCUCCAUUUUGCUCUGCUUCUCAACCAUUGUGCCGUUUCUGAGCUCCAUCGCGAUUGCGGAACUGAUAACGUGCUCGGGAAUGGUACCGAUGAUGCAUCGGAACGACAAGAUCUCGAUAACGGACUUCGGGGGUGUUGGUGAUGGACGGACGUUGAAUACGUAUGCGUUUCGGGAGGCGAUAUAUCGGAUUCAGCACCUGAGGAGGAGAGGUGGUACGCUGCUUUACAUACCUCCUGGGGUGUACUUAACAGAGAGCUUCAAUCUCACUAGCCACAUGACCCUCUACUUGGCUAGAGAUGCUGUUAUCAAAGCCACUCAGGAUACUGGAAAUUGGCCUUUAGUUGCUCCGUUGCCAUCUUAUGGAAGGGGUAGGGAACUCCCUGGAGGAAGAUAUAUGAGUUUUCUUCACGGAGAUGGACUUCAUGAUGUCGUAAUCACUGGUGAGAAUGGGACAAUUGAUGGCCAAGGAGAUGUCUGGUGGGACAUGUGGAGGCAGAGAACUCUUCAAUUUACUAGACCGAGUCUCAUUGAAUUUGUGAACUCUCAAAACAUCAUCAUUUCAAAUGUGAUUUUCCGGAAUUCUCCAUUUUGGAACAUUCACCCUGUCUAUUGCAGCAAUGUUGUUGUCCGCUAUGUCACAAUAUUGGCUCCUGCAGACUCUCCCAACACUGAUGGUAUUGAUCCAGAUUCAAGCUCUCAUGUCUGCAUAGAGGACUCGUACAUAUCAACUGGAGAUGAUCUUGUGGCAGUGAAGAGUGGGUGGGAUGAAUAUGGAAUUGCUUAUGGUCGUCGUAGUUUUGGCAUCACAAUCCGUCGGAUAACAGGAUCAUCCCCAUUUGCCGGGAUUGCUAUUGGAAGUGAAACUUCAGGUGGGGUGGAGAAUGUCUUGGCAGAACACAUACACCUUUACAACAUGGGAGUUGGUAUCCAUGUGAAAACGAACAUCGGUAGGGGAGGGUUAAUAAGAAAUAUUUCAGUAUCUGAUGUGUAUUUGGAAAAUGCUCGAAAGGGGAUAAAGAUUGCCGGUGAUGUUGGCGACCACCCAGACAAUGGAUUCAACCCAAAUGCCUUCCCGGUCGUCAAGGAUAUCGCUAUUAAGAAUGUUUGGGGUGUGAAUGUGCUGCAAGCGGGUUUAAUACAAGGCCUGAGGAACUCCCCUUUUACAGGGAUUUGCCUCUCUAACAUCAACCUUGCCGGCGUGACACCAAAAGGAUCAAGGAGUCCUCCUCCUCCUUGGAAGUGUUCUGAUGUAAGUGGAGCUUCUCAUCAAGUCAGUCCGUGGCCCUGUUCAGAGCUCUCCAGCACCAUUCCAAUAAAUUCAUGUUCCACUCACUUCUGAUAAUUGUUUAUUCUUUCAAUUCUGUCAAGGCAAGAUAUAACGGUCAAGUCGUUUAUUUUAUGUUUCAGAAUGGAAAGCGAAGAACUGUUUCCCUCCCUAUCAAA